GUAGUUGAGGAAGGAGGCAAACAUGAAGAAAUGGUAGGUGAAGAGGAAAGUGGACAUGAAGAGAGGCUAGGUGAAGGUAUUGAUGGUGAGGUCAGUGGCGGAGUAGAUGAAGGUGACUUGGGUAACCUAACCCCAGAGUACCCCAUUGGCAGUAAGGGUAAUACUGGAAAUACAAUUGAGAAAGAUGAAUGUAGUAAGGAACCCCUUUGCAGUAGUGAUAGAGAUGAUGAGGAGUUAAUUGAUGUGAAGAAAUGUGCAAGGUCUAUUAGGAGACCAAUAGAAGCGUUAGAAGUUCCCAGUGGGCUUCAAACACCAAAAGGGGUCAAGUACAAGCAUGUUGCAAAGAAGCCAACCCCUAGAUCUACUCCUAUAAAAAAGCCAACCCCUAGAUCUACCCCUAUAAAAAAGCUAGCCACUAGAUCUACUCCAGUCUCUAGGGGUAAGAAGGUUGCAUCAUCAGGUUCUGCUGAGUUGAGUAGGUUGAGGAAAGAGAAGGCAAAGCUUGCAGAAAAAACAGACAGUCAUUAUGAAAACAGUGAUGAUGUUGGGAAGUUGAGGGAUUCAUCUAUUGAAUCUAAAGAAAAAGAUUUGUUUUUUGUUUCAUCCGAUACAACGAGACAACGGAAAGCUUCUAAUAUGUACUUUAAUCCUUCUUGGAAUGUACCAUUCUUUGAAGUUGGUAUGAGAUUUCAAAAUGCAGCACAAUUCAAGGAUGCAGUGAGAAAGUAUUCUGUGAGGAAAAGUUGUCCUUUACUCCAUAUAAGGAACGAGCCUAAGAGACAAAAGUUCAUUUGCAAAUCUAGUCUGUGUUGUUGGGAGAUUUACAAUUCAUUUGUCAAUAAAGAUGACAGUUUCCAGGUAAAAACAUACUACUCUGAACAUACAUGUGUUAAAAAUUCAGAAAACAAGAUGAUGACAACUGUGAUGGUUGCUGAGUACUUUAAAUCAAGAAUUUAUGCUACACCUUUCUUGAAAUGCAAAGAUAUGAUGAUAUUUGUAUACAAAGAGUUGAGGGUUAGUAUAAAUUAUAAUAAAUGUGUUAGAGCCAAGAAGAUGGUAUUGAAGGAGAUGGAAGGGAGUUUUAAGGAUGAGUAUGCCAUGAUUCAUGCAUUUGGUGCGUAUUUGAAGGAGGUCAAUCUUGGAAACUCAGUUUUCAUUAAAACUGAAGAAAAUGAUGUUGGUGAGAAAGUGUUCAUGAGAAUGUAUGUUUGUUUGAAAGUUAUCAAAGAUGGUUGGAAAAAUGGUUGUCGAGGAAUCUUUGGAGUUGAUGGUUGUUUUCUUAAGGGAAUUUGUAAAGGUGUACUAUUGUCUGCUGUUGGUCGUGAUGGAAAUAACCAGAUGUACCCAAUUACAUGUGCUGUAGUCGAAUAUGAGAACAAUGAUUCAUGGACAUGGUUCAUGCAGAGGCUUGCAUUUGAUUUGGAGCUUGGAACUGGGCAUGGUUAUACAAUGAUAUCUGACAGACAUCCAUGCAACCUUGCAAAAAGGCAUAGAAAGGAUGAUAUCAAACUGACCUUUUGGAUAACUGUAAGGGCAUCAUACCAAAUUGAAUUUCUGGAGAAAAUGGAGGAGUUGAGGGGAGUAUCCGAGGAAGCUUAUGUCGAGAUGAUGGAUCUGCCAAGAAGGUGUAAAGCAAUCAUUUCUAUGAUUAAAGCUUUAAUUGAACAGUUGAUGGAGAGAUUCAGGGAAAAAAGAUUGUUUGCAGAGACAUGGCCGAAUGAUAUUGCACCUAGGGUCAUGACAAAGAUAAAAGAAACUACCAUGAGAGAAUGGAAUUUAAUUGGAAUCCCUUGCCCUCAUGUCUUGGCAGUUGUUAGGUACAUAAAUUGGAAUUAUGAAGAUUUUGUUCAUGAGCACUAUAAGAAGGAAAAGUACCUGCAAACUUAUGGGACUGCAUUGGAGUGCCUUAAAGGCAAUGAGGUCUUGAAGAGAAGACCAGAAAGAGGUUAUUUACCACCAGUGUUGAGAACACCACCAGGACGACCAAGGGGGAAUAGAAGAAAAGAUAAGCAUAAGCCUAAGAAAGUUAAGGUGGGGAAAUUGAGCAGGUUGUCCAAGCAUGGGUCUGUGAUGAGUUGUAGCUUGUGAGGUCAACAAGGACACAAUAAAGCUAGAUGUCCCAG